AUGUCUACCACGACUACUAGCACGCUCAACGACGACAGCGCUCAUGGGGGGCAAGCUAAGGACCACCCAGCCGUGGAGCGCGGCGCAGGCGACCACAGCAACGCCGGCAAGAGCGAGUGUAGUGCACCAAGGGGUGCCCGGUCUGCGAAGGGUGCUGACUGUACCGACGGGGGGACUGAUCGGCACUUUGGUGCUGCUUGCCAAGGAGCAGGGCGCGCUGCGCCUGUGGGGGUAGCGUGUUCACCUGAAUUCGCAGGAAGCAGCAGCAGAGGCGGCAGCAACAUCCGGAGCGACGGGCGCAACGGCGACGACGACAAUCAAAAAGUAGAAACGAUUGCGGAGGCGCGCUAUGUUCCCGUGAUUCCUCGGGUGGGUACGGUGGAGAUAGCUAGCAUAUGGAGACUGAUAGAGGAUUCGGAGCAGAUGCUGGUGGACAUCCAUCAGCGGCAGGAACGCGAGACGCCGCCGCAACAGCUGGAGGAGCAGCUUCCGGUACUU